AGUAUUAAUAUGUAUAUAAAUAUAUAUUAUAAAAUAAAUAUUAAUAGUAAUUAUAUGAUGAAACAUGUUACUAUUGAUAGUUUAAUGAAUAUAUUUUUUACGGGUUACUCAAACAGACAUGUAAUAUAUAUAUUAAAUAUAAACCAAUUGAACAAAUAUAUUAACACAAAUAUAUCAUAAAACAUUACAUUAACAUAAAUCGAAGCUAGAGAGUAAGAGUUAAUAUUUUAAUUGCUUAAAAAUAUAAUUAUAUCUAUAAAUUAUAAAAAUUAAGAACUAAAUAUAAUAAAAAUAUAUAUCAAAAUUAAAAUAAUAAAUAUUUACAUUUCUAAUGCGAAUAAUGAAAUUAACUUUUAAAUUUAAAAUAAGCCAUAGACAAAACAUCAAAAAGUAUCUAAUAAUAUGUGAAUAACAAAAGUAAACUAACUAAAUAAACAAUUAUAUAUUUUUUUGCAAAUGUAAAUCAUUAAUUUGUAAUAGACGUAUACACAUUAUUGAUGCUCAAAUCUAUUUUAUUUUUAGUAUGCAUCCACUCAAAUAUUAAUCCAUUAACAAUAUAGAAUUUUAGUUGGACUAAAAUUGUAUUAAAAUUGGAAUAUCAAUUUCAUAAUAUAUUUACUAUUCAUCUGAACGUUCAUGAAUAUAUAUUACAAUACUCUAAAUAUAAUAAUAAAUCAAACCGGAUUAUAUAUUGGAUCAUCUAUCAGUUCAACCGAUAACCAGAUCUCGGGUUUUAACGGUUGUUACGGGUUUUAUAGAAUUUUUAAAUAACAGUUUUUUUUUUGAAAACUAAAAUGCAUUACAUAUGAACCAUCGAAUUUGGCAAUUUAACUACGGGUCGGGUCGAAUUUCAAAACAUUGAAUAUAAUUUUUCAUUUGUAAUAUCUAAGUGUAGAUACAAUUAAAAUACAAAUUUAUAUCAAAUAAAUUUGGAAUGUUUCGAAAAUAAUUCCGCGCUUUGAAAGCGCGGGUCAAAAUCUAGUAAAUUAUUAAAAACGUUAAAUGUCUCAUACUAAAAUUUUGUGAUCAAUGGUUUGAUUUGUUUUGGUAAUAACAAGAUACAAAUAAUCAUAAAUCGUACGAAUAAGAAGUCUCAUUUACUAGACAUCCAUAUUAUAUAUUAAUCUAGUUUAAUUAUAACAUAGCAAAUACUUAAAUAUGAUAAUUUUAAAUUUGUAUUGUAAAAGUAUUAAAAUCUUAAUAUUUUAAUUUUAAAAUUUGCAUUAAAAAAUCGCACAUUAGAAAUUGUGUGUUUAUCAUAUGAGUAUGAAUUCACAAUAAUAAAUAUUUAUAUUAAAACAUAAUAUAUAUCUAUGUCUAUGUCAUUGAAAUUUAGUUAUAUACCAUAUAAAAUAAAUAAAAUGAUUGUUUUGAUUUAUUUAUCAAAAAAGUUAUCGUAGUUAAAAAAGAUGUAUUAUUUUGAUUUAUGUCUUUACUCUAAUUUAAUUAUAUACAUAAUACGUAUACAAAUACAAAUAGAUAAUAAUAAAUUAAAAUUAGUUUUAUAUAUAAGAUUUAUUCUGCGCAAUUGAGCGGGUCUUAAGCUAGUUUUCAUAUAUUUUAUCUAAUAUAAUCUGUUAAAUAUUUUCAUAAUGAUAGCAUAUAUUAAGUAGUAACGCAACGAACAUAGAGAGUAGUUGCCUACCACUUCCUCCUAUUUUCAUUAAUUUUAUAUAAUCUAAACAAUCUACUGCAAUUUGCAAAUAUUUUCAUAAUGAUAUAUGUGUAUGUGUAUAUAUAUACAAUUUCUCAUGUUUACACAUAUUUUGUGAUUUAGACAUACCCCAUAAGGCCAAAAGGUAUGGCAUCGCCGAAAGAGAUGUCAUUGAUAAAACCAGUUAUCUCGAUCGCUGUCGCCAUCGUAGCCGUAUAUUUUCUCACAAACUGGCUAUAUCCCUCUGUGAAUCCAUUAGUCUACUACCACCAAUGCUCUGCACCAAAGUACUUCACCGGAGCGGCUAUCAAGCCAAAUGUCAACUCGCUACUCAGCAUGUUCGUAAACUCAGCUUCUAUCUACACAUACAACAAUCUCACUGUCAACGGAAACUACGGACUGCACCAGUGCCGGGGUGAUCUAACCUCCGAUGAGUGCGUAAGUUGUGUAACUCAAGCUGUUCGCCUGCUCCAAAGUAACAGCGUAGGCGAGACCGGCUGCGCAUUGCAGCUCGAAGGCUGUUUAGUGAAGUACGACAACGUUGUGUUCUUUGGCGUGGCCGAUAAGACGGCCAUGGUUAUGAGUUGCGGGACACCGGCUGGGUAUAAAUAUAAGUCGGACGAGUUGGCUCAGGCUAAUGCGUUGGUUGAUAAAGUGGUUGCAAAUAGUGGUACGUCAUACAGAGUGGAGAGGUCAGGGGAAGCGCAAGCUGUAGCGCAGUGCACCGGUGAUCUUAGUGCAACCGAUUGUCAAGACUGUUUGAUGGAAGCGAUCCAACGGCUGAAACUUCAACCGUUUUGCGGAACAAGCACUUGGGGUGACGUCUACUUAGCCAAGUGCUACGUUGGUUACUCGUCGCAUGGAGCCGUCGGUGAAGAGUUCAAGAAAGGGAUUCGGGCUAAGCACGUGGCGGCCCAAAGGAAUUUGUUAUAUAUGAGGACAACAAGUUUAUUUGAUCUAAUUAAAUCAUUAUGGUCAUACUUUUUUUAUGUUUUGGUUUUGGGUAUAUUAUUUUUUAUGUGUGUUUUUUUGCUCGAAUGAAUAUAAAUAUGCGGAGAUCUGACAAUAUAACUCAUCUUUACUAUCAUUUUCAACAUUUUAUUUCAACUGGUUGUUUAUUUUUGAGCUUUUUAAUUAGCUAAUAAGUGAAUUUUAAUUAGAGAAUACUACUGAUGGCACAAAAAA